UUAAAAUGGCGGCAUUCACUACGCACCCCUGCUAAAUGCUCCCCCGGCACCGGGGCCACCUCGCGCAGCGCUGCUUUUGCUUCUGCUGCUAACAGAUGGCAUGUGCCGCUGUCGCUGCCCCCGCCGCUGCCGCUGAGAGCAAGACCCCUUAGCCCCCGGGUUUGCGCUGGCAGCAUAAGGUUUCUGAAAAGUGCCUUUUCUGAAAACUGCUGCUUGGAUUCCACUCUUGAGCUGUCUCUUUAUAAACCUUACCCAACCCCCAAAUCUGGUGCGCUUGUAAUUCAGUCUCAGCAACUUGUCCAUUCUUUUUUUCCUUUGAUUCCCAGUUUUCAUAGUCAUUUUCCCUCCUCCUAUUUAGCAGUAAUUUUUUUUACACUUGUAACAUCCUUACCAAUCUUAAUCCUUAAAUCCAAGAAAUAGGGAGAAGGACAUUUCUUCCCUUGAUCUGAGACCAUUCCAUAAAUUGAAGGGUAACCAGCAGCAUAUGCUUUUUGCAAGAAUAAUUGAAAACAUCAACUGGGGAGUACAGAAUUCUUUUGAAAGCCUGCCAGUUAUUUGAAGUAACUUCAGCAAAGGAAAAAAUUAAACAAGCAAUAUCUUAACCUUUCUGGUUGCCUUGUUAGGAGUUGGUCUCUAAUUUAAUUUUCAGUUAUUUUGAUACAGUUUUUGGUUUGUGAUUGGCUUUUUGUUUGACAAGACCAAAUUUUGGCUAAAACAAAAACCUAAGUGCUAACAAAGAAGCGUUUCACCAAAGCAACCUUACCGCUUCACAUAUAGCUUGAAUUCACUCUUACCUUUUAACAGUAGUGAAACUGUCCUAGAGAGGGUGCACUUGAUUCUAACUUUGCUUUCAAUAUGACGGCUGUCAAUGUCACCCUGGUUCGUGACACCAAGUGGCUGACUUUAGAAGUCUGCAGAGAAUUUCAGAGAGGAACCUGCUCUCGAGCUGAUGCAGAUUGCAAGUUUGCCCAUCCGCCAAGAGUCUGCCACGUGGAAAAUGGCCGUGUGGUGGCGUGUUUUGAUUCUUUAAAGGGCCGGUGUGCUAGAGAGAACUGCAAGUACCUUCACCCUCCUCCACACUUAAAAACACAGCUGGAAAUUAAUGGGCGGAACAAUCUGAUUCAACAAAAGACUGCCGCAGCCAUGUUCGCCCAGCAAAUGCAGUUUAUGCUCCAAAAUGCUCAAAUGUCAUCCCUUACUUCUUUUCCUAUGAAUCCGUCACUUGCAGCUAAUCCUGCCAUGGCUUUCAAUCCCUACUUACCUCAUCCUGGGAUGGGCCUGGUUCCUGCUGAACUUUUACCAAAUGGACCGGUUCUGAUUUCUGGAAACCCACCUCUUGCAUUGCCAGGAGCUCCUGGUCCCAAGAUGAUGCGUUCGGAUAAACUGGAGGUUUGCCGAGAAUUCCAGCGUGGAAACUGUACCCGUGGUGAAAAUGAUUGUCGCUAUGCUCACCCUACGGAUGUUUCUAUGAUUGAGGCAAGUGAUAAUACUGUGACGAUCUGCAUGGAUUACAUCAAAGGGCGAUGCUCCCGGGAGAAAUGCAAGUACUUUCAUCCUCCUGCCCAUUUGCAAGCCAAACUCAGGGCAGCUCAUCACCAGAUGAACCACUCAGCUGCCACCACAAUGGCCCUGCAGCCUGGUACGCUUCAACUGAUACCAAAGAGAUCAGCACUUGAAAAGACCAAUGGUGCCACCCCGGUCUUUAACCCCAAUGUUUUCCACUGCCAGCAGGCUCUGGCUAACCUGCAGCUCCCACAGCCGGCAUUUAUCCCUACAGGGCCAAUACUGUGCAUGGCACCCGCUUCAAGUGUUGUGCCCAUGAUGCACGGCGCAACUCCUACCACUGUGUCUGCAGCAACACCACCUGCUACCAGCGUUCCCUUCGCUGCAACAGCUACAGGCAAUCAGAUAACCCCAUUAUCAAUAGAUGAACUGAAUAGCAGCAUGUUUGUUUCACAGAUGUAGAAGUUACCAGUAGAACAUUGAAAUUCUGAACAACAGAGUUACGGAGUAUCAAGAUCUCUCUGUGAGAACCUCCAUAUGGCCUUUCUAUAUAUAUUCUCAUAGGUCCUCUUCUACCAACGCAACAAUAAGUAUGGUGCGGUCAAUAUAUUAAACAAAGUGCACAUAUCAACACAUUCAAAGAAAAACAGUGAAGCGUUAACCAGUCAACAGAGGUGUUAAAACAUGAAUAGAAAAUUAAUAACUACCACUUAUCUAAUUUGAAUUAGUAGGUAGAACACGACCAUAAAGUUUUGUAGUUUGUUGCAUUAUUCUUUGUGAUUUUCCAAUAACCGUUAUGCUGAGUGAAUCUCCACUGUGCAUUCUUGGUGGGUAAAUGUUUGUCUGUUUUGAAGUGUUACCUUACUGUUUUGUUUACACAAUAGUCUGUUGGGUUGAUUUAGAAUGUAACAAAUGUAUCCAGUACCAUUUUCCCCACUAUUGUAUCUAUUGUGGUGUGGUGUGGUGUGUUAGAUUUUUACAUACUAUAGUGUUUUCCUCUAGAUGUGUGGUGUUAGAUUUCAAGUAAAAUAUUAUUAAUGGGAAACAGAAAUAUCUGUGUUUGAAAAACAUGACAGAUUAAUGUUAAUAUGCUUUCUCCCUCUUUAGAAAAUUUCUGUAGGUUUCUUAUGGCAGACAUUCAAAAGACCUCACUUUUGAGUGUGCACAAAACCUGUUCAUAAAUAUGCAUCUAAUACCUGCAGAUCUGACCUUGCAUAAUACAAUCACGUGCCUAGGUUUUUUGGGGGAGAGAGAAAUAAAUACUCACCAAAAAAACCCCAGAGAACUUCUUAAAAUAUGAAGCUCUAGUCUCACUCCUUAAAAAGCUUGCAAAAUUGCAAUUUACCCUUAAAUGAAUUUCUCAGCAUUUAUGUAAAACGCCCAUUACAUUUUUCUGUGGUUCAAGGAUCCUAUCUCCUAGGUUGAGUGUCUAAAGCUGAGCCACUUGUCAACUUUAGCUGAAAAUUGGUACUUGGAGGCUUAAAGGUAUGCUAAUUGUAGGUUCUAAAUUAAACAGGGAGGUGGAGGCAUGAAGGUAGUUUUCAUGUUUUGGAGGAAAAUGUGUGAAAACCAUUGCAAUGCAACCUUUUUCACAAGUGCCAUUCUGUGAAUGAAAAUGGCUAGUGCUCUUUAGACUACUCUUUGAAUAAUAAGACGCAAUCUUGCAAAAGUCAGGGUGAAAGAGAAUUGGUUCCAAGUGAGGCCUUUCCUCCCCAAAUGGACAGUCUUCUCCACUGAUCACAGUUGGAGCAGAAGUAUAUAGGUUUGGAGAAAUGGUGGGAGUGGGGAGAGGGGGUAGGAAGGCAUGUAAAAGUAUUUUUUGAUUUACUUAAAAUUUCUAGGAAGGCUGUCCACAGUUGUCUUUAGCUUCAGUUCAACCAAAUUUCCAGUUCCGUUGAACACUUCGUGAAGGAGCGAGCGCCUGUGUCAAGUGUUGCCCUUCCCAGACUUUAUUAACAACAGAGUCAUAGCAUAACCAAACCAUUUUUUGUCUCUUCAUUUAGAUUUGUUUUAUAUGUAUUUGAAAAUGAUAAUAGAGAGGUUUUCAUUAAAGUUACUAUUGUUAGUGCUGAACCAUAUGAUAUUUCACAUCAACUUAGAUUUAAUAUUUUCUACUAUAUAUUCUCUUGCUAGAAAGCAUACAGUCAUCAAAUUUAAUAUGUAUAGCAGGUUUGUUUCCCUUCACGAAAAUAACAAGCAAAGAGAAAAUCAGAUUUAGGAUACCUUAAGCUGGCUAGCAGUGUUUAAUCACAGAACAGUGGAGUUGGCACAACCUUUUGACAAUUGAUGAAACUGAGGCCCGGGACAUGUGACCUGCCCACAGCUACCUAAUCCAUUCUGUAAUCGGUGGCAGUCAGACCCAGAAAAAUCUCCCAACUUUCAUUACUUCCUCUGUUUCGCAUUGUCUGUGUUUCAGAACAUUUGAGACUCCAUUCCAAAGCAGAUCCACUUCGCUUAGCAAAAAAUUAGCUGUUUGGUAGUUGGUAUCCUGUUGUUCUUAAUGAUCAAUCCUAUAUCAUGAUCAUCAGUAAUUUCUAAAUGGUCUUGGCUUGCAUCAAGACAUUGUCAUCUGUUAACAGUAUUGCCUGGAGUGAGAGAACAAGAAGUGUCCUGACUUUGACCUGUUGAUUCCUUGAACCACUUAAUUUCUGUUUCCCAAAAUCUUAAUGUUGUUAGAGAAGAAAGUAGAAUAUGCCUUUGUGAAAUUGCUUGUGUAUAGAACUGAGUUUUGUCUAACCUGUGCCAAUGCCUCUCCAGAAGGGCAGAGCUAAUCACACAAAUCCAGGAAGGAUGCACCUGAGCUAGUUUGGUGUCUUCCUUUAAGGUGAUAGAGAUGUCUUCAGUGCAAAAUGAACUCUUUUGCAUAGCUAGAUGUUUUCAUACAACGUACUGUCUCAUUUAACCUUUUAACCUUCUAAUGAAGAUGUUACAUAGACAAUAAGCCCAGAGUAGUACGGUGGUUUUUGUGAUGCUCUGAGUACUGGAAGACAGCAGUAAUGACUUAUUUUUUAGUAAGAGGUUUAGUGAAGGAUAUUCAGGGUAGUUGUAGUUUCAGUGCCACAAUAUUUGAUAUUGCUGGCAUUUUAACAGUUACUUUGUUAAGUGAAUUUAAAGAAAGAAAAUUCAAAGCACUAACGUUUCGAUCAGAUGCAAAAGAACGUCAACAAAAAUGCAAUUUUAAGAUAGCACUCUUUAAACGAGUUGUGCAAUGAAUGACUUACUCAAAUUCUCUUUAUUCAAGAAAAGAAAAGAAGAAAGGAGAGUCAUUAGACUAUAAAUUUCCAGUUAAAAAGCCAAGUCACAAACUAAUCAGUGACUCUAAACAACAAUUUACUGGAUGAAGUGUAUAUAUAAAAUUCUAACCACUUGUGAUUCUUAGUUAACAUUUUAUAAGCUUUGUAUUUUACAAGGACUUCUAUUCUUAUUUAUCCAAAAUUAUUGUUUUUGUCCAUUUCUUUCAGCCUUUUGCAAAAAUAGGCAAGAGUCCUGAAACUUGGAUAAAACAGGUCAGGUAUACAGAGAAAAUAAUCUAAAAGUAUCUGUUAAGAGGGUUUUAGUAGUAUCAAAAUUUUUUUUGUUAAAAAGGUACUAUGUGAACAGAAGUAUAUUUUAAAAGAGGGAUUAAGAUGAAAUUAAAACCAAAUGGAUUCAUAAAAUUGCUAUUUGAAUACAGUAUUUACUUUUGCAAUCGGAGCAUGAUUCUGUAGCCAGUUAUUGCAUUUCAUCUCACUUGUCUAGACCAGAGUCUAAUUUGUAGUUCAUUCUCAUGUGAAAAGCCAUCUUCUCCCUCCUCCAUCAACCUUCACCAUCCGUUUUUGAACAUACGAAAGCACUUUGAUCUUGCCGUUAAGUGUUGUCCUACACCGUUAGGCUGUGUUCACUAAAGUUCUGACUUAUUUUAGUCUGUAGGGUAGGAUGUAAUGCACAGAAUGAUUAGAAACUAGAAUCUUCUUUCUUUUUGCCUUCUCCAUUUCUACACACAUUGAAAUAGAAGAGGAGAAAUACAAUUUCCCAGUUCUGUUGAAUAGAUGUAGGAUGAUAGUGGCCUCAUUUUUAAUUUCACCAGUGCCUGUCAAAGGCACCAGAAUGAAUAGUAUCUAAAAGAGUAUCACAACUUUUUUGCAAACUUAGUUGAUAGCAUCAUCAAACUGUAGAUAAUAAUUACGAAUAUAGGUUUGGAGCACCAAGUCACUAAUUGGUGCCAUGUCCUUUGUUUUUCUCUUUAGUUUUUAAGGUUUUUAUUUUACUACAUUUUUAUAUUUCUAAGUAACUAAUUCAGGAGAGUUAGAGAAAAGUUUUAAGAUUUUACUACAUGUACUCAACCCACCUAGAUAGGUUCUAAACUGACACCGGCGUAUAACAAGAUAUAGAUUAUAGUCCGUGUAACUAUUCUUUACACUUCACAGUUUAAGAACAAACUUAACUUUAUAUAUGAAUAAUAAUUUUUAACUAAUUAUAUUUAGUCGUUGCUUUAGCAACAAAACUACAACAUGGCUACCUUUAGACACAUUGUUUUUGUUUAUCGUUUUGGUUUUUUUUUUUUUUGCUGUUAAUUUUACUUGUAAACUAUACAUGGUUUUUGACAGUAUGACCAUAUAGAAGAUACAGCUCAAAACUCAGAGAAUAGAUAUGGCUGAAUUUUUCUUUAAGCCCAAAUCGCCAGGUGAAAGCUGAAUUUGUGUCCUUAUGUGACUUUUUGAUCAAAAAGUUUACAACACAUGGAUUCUAGAGUCAGGCUUUAUAGCUUAAUGGAAUUUGUUGUGUGGAUAGGGUUGUUCCACAGUAUUUAGACUUCAAAACAUGAUCGUUGCCUUUAUAACCUAUUCCCUGACCUUUUUUCAUAACAUUUUUUAUUCCAAAUUACUCUAUGCACAAGGCAUAGCUAUCACUACAAAAAAUUGUCUCUUCUGGAAUCAUAUACCACCAAUACAUCCAAAUGAGGAUUAAAGAAUGAUAGAAGUGUAUUUUAGAAUUAAUUUCCAUUUGUAAAACCAUGCAGAAAGAUACUGUGGAAUGACCCCUUGACAGUGUUUGAGAGACAUAUGCUGCAGUUCAUUGAUGGUCUCAGUUAGGGUGCGACAGUGUGAGACACACCUUUUUUGCACUUAUGUACAUAGUCCAUGAAUGCUAUGCUUGGAGCUUUUUUUUUUUAAUAUAAGAGAUCUGUGAUAAUAGCGGAAAUGUUAGGAAGAUAGAGUUGUUCCUAAAGCCUUGAGAAGGAGGGGAGUUUUGCUAGAAGACUUAAUUAACUAAAGCAUGGUGUCGCUUUGCUGUUGGGGAGGCUUUCUGGUUUGCUACGGUUCACCAAAAGAGAAGACUGGUAACAGGUAACAGGUCACCUUCAGCUCACCAAAGAGCAAAGGUCCUUCAUCUUUUAGCAAGACCAGUAGCAAAGAUUGUUUGCCUUUUAGAUUCAUCUCCAUUGUAAACACACACACAUGCACACACCAGGCAGGUUUCUGGCAAAGGUUUUGUUUUUUUCAAAGGUUGCAAGCAGUGAGAUGCCCUGUAAGUUGACAGAAAAUGACCAAUUGAGAUGUAUCAGUUACAUCAACUAAUAUCCACUUAAGUGACAAUCAAAGAAUUAACAUUCACCACUACUUCCCCUUUAAAAUUCAGAUCCCAAAACCCAUUGGCAACCAUUGAGAGACUGAAUUUUACAGUUAAGUAUGGCCAGCAUGAGGCAUUUUGUUGCCUCCAACAAAAGAAAAAAAGUGCUUCUGGCACUUUAUAAAUGGCUUUAUUUACCUUAUACCUAUUGAAUGGAAACUGUUUUUGACUUGCCCCUACCAGAUUAGAAAGUGCUUUACUCUGCCACUACAGCCUCCCACUGUUUUAACUCAACAGGAGAGAACCAGCCCAAAUCUCACAUAUGUAGGAGCUGGAAAAGAAUGUUUCAAUCAGACCAUCUCUGUGGAUUCUAGCUCCCUGAUCAUCUACCAUUCACCAUUUAACUUUUUGUUGCCUCUGGGCAAUGAGGUUAGAAAGGUGUAAGGAUAGGUCACCACUGGUAAAUUGAGUCCUUCACAUCCUGGGGGCGUGUCGCCCUUGCCUUGGAGAAGGAACCCAUCUUGGGAUCAGGGGAGUUGGUAUUAGUAUCACUAUCCAUUUUGAUGGUCUCACAGAGACGGAAAAAUAAGCCAGAGCCAGAAAGUAAUCCAAGCCUUACAGUUGUCCAAUAGCUCAGGGCCAGUUGAUUGGAAAUUUCUCUUCCCUGCCUACCCCGCCUUCAGCCCUCAAUCAGAGUCAGCUGCACAACUAACAGCCUGACCAUCUGACCAGCAUUUCCACCAGUACAAAAUGUCAGCAUUCAUGCAUUCUGUAGUUAGGAACUCCAAUUUCAACCUCAUCACCAAUGUAUUUGCCCAGCUUACCCCAUGUCCUUGUGUUGGUAUUUCCCUGUGAAUCUAUGAGCCACAAGAAUAUAUUUUCAUAAGGACAAGAGAAGUAUAAAAUUUUAAGUGAAGAAGAAUCGCCUAUAAAAUAGUAAAAAUGAACUUAGAAGCAUCACAGAAGAUAACCAAUUAGCUGAUGGCAUGUUGUACAUGCUGACAGCCACUGGGUCACCCUCUUUGGAGCUUAAACACAGUGGCUGUGUUUCAGUGAGUCAAAUUAGAGAAUGAAGCAUAACAAAACAUGAAUGACUUGAGGCCAAAAAGGGACCUCUUUAAACCCGGGAAAGGGCUUGGUUUGACUAAUUCAUACACUUUCCAGCUCCUCUACUUGAUCUUGCCUAGAAAAUAAUCACCCAUUCAUACUCCAAAGCAGGAUGAUGCCAGAGAAAUUUUAUCUUUAGACAGGACCUAUCCUCAAUUAUAGCAUCCUGAAAAGGAAAGAAAUGUAUCACUGUGGACUACAUCACAACUAUUUGAAGGUAUUGCAGAAAUUCUCACUAGUCACCUUCUACAUCAUAUUACUUUAAUCUUUAAAAAAGUACCUAUAUAACAAGACUGAAAAGUAACCCAACUUUAGGCCAUGCUCUUUUUCCCAAAACACACAACCAAAAGAUUUAUCUAACAUAGAACUGCAUGGAUGCAAAGCUUUAUUUCUGUAUACAGAUGCUAUCUGUUCAUAAUGGAAACCAAAUUAUUCUGUUGCUCUUUUGUGUCUAGCAGUUGAGAGAAUGAUAUGACCAUCAUAUCGUUGGGUUCUGGGGUUGCCCUUUUCAAAAUCAAUUUCCUUGUAUUAUUGUUGUUGCUUCUUUAAUUAUUAGCAAAUGAACCAGUUUGUUAUCAUACCCCUAAAUUACAGUCAUUCAAAUUUUAAGAAAAGAUGUUCCUAAAUGUACUCCCUUUUUAAGGGAUAACUUUGUGUGUUUAUAUAACAAUCCAGUACAAUGUAGAAAAUGAAGCAUGUAUUUGGGACAGAAGAAUGUCAGUUUAAAACUACCUGUGGAUGAGAAAAUUAUUUGCCCUGUGCAACAAUUAUAAAUUUAAUAAUGACCAUGAUGUUUCACAGAUAUAAAAACUCUUCCCAUCAUAUUUUGCCUGCAAGAUGCAAUGGCUCAUUCCCUCAACUGCUAUUAUUAGGGUAGAUGGUUUGAUUUUUUUUUUCUCCCCAAGUUAUAGUGCUGUACUGCUUGUUUGUGUUUAGAAAUGUGCAUUAUGCAACUCAUUUUAGUAUGCUACUUCCGUGUUUUUGUUUUUGGUUCUUUUAAUAAAAUGUGUAAAUUUCAUGA